AUGAAUGAACAAUUGGACACCUAAAAUUAAACUGAUGUAAGUAUAAUAGAUAAUAAUAAAAAAAUAAUAAGGAGAAAUCGUUUAAGAUUAGAUAAAUUUAAUCAUCCUAUAAUAAAAGGUGUGAAAGGAAAGAGAAUAGCCUUUCGAGAUGCAAUUGAGGGAACAAAUUUAUGUGAUAUAUAUUUAGUAUCAAAGUAUAUUGAAAAUAAAGAAUAACAUUUGAAAUGUAGAUGUGCAUGCGAAAUUUAUUGA